GUCACCCUAUAUUGGUGAAAUAAGUUUAAUCCGCAUAACCCGGAAGUUCUCUGAGCUUUUGGUGACGGUGCGUUAGGCGACAUGGCUCAUCUUUGUUUGUUUAGCCUGUUGGUCCUGUCCAUGGUUCUUGAGACCCAGGCCCUGACCCCAACCCAUCAUCUGACCACCACUGAUGUGGCCAGACUUCAGGCUGUAUUGAGCCAACCCUUCACUGACCUCAAGUCUGCUUAUUACUCUGUUGUUGGACUUAGCAAGUUGGGAAUCUUAGUUGCGGAUGCAGAUGAGACAUGCCAGUUUAUCAAGUCAAACCUGGAUCCCUCUAGUGUGGAGUCACUCUUUUAUGCCGCAGAAGCCAGCCAGGCUCUGUCUGGAUGUGAGAUUCCUGUGUCAAAUGACACUCGUGAUUUGCUUUUGGCCACUGUCAGUGAGGACUCCACUGCCUCUCAGAUCCAUCAGUCUGUGAGUGCUCUCAGCUCUCUUGGGUUGCCUCUGGCCUCACAGGAAGUGGUCAGUGCCCUGAAAGCUCGCAUCUCCAAAGAGGAUAAUGUCUUGACAAUCAUUUUGGCACUACAGACUGCGUCCCGUCUCUCUCAGCAAGCUGAACUUGGAGAUAUCCUGGAGGAGAUUGAGGAUCUCGCUGCCCGUUUAGAUGAUCUGAGUGGAGUGUAUCUUCAGUUUGAGGAGGGGCUGGAGGCCACAGCACUGUUUGUUUCUGCUGCGUAUGCCCUGUCCGAUCAUGUGGACAUGGAGCCCCCCCUGAAAGAGGAUCAGGUAAUCCAGCUAGUGAACUCCAUCUUCAGUAAGAAGUCUUGGGACUCUCUGUCAGAGGCAUUCAGUGUGGCUAGUGCAGCUGAAUCACUUUCCAACAAUCGCUUCCAUGUGCCCGUCAUUGUCAGUGCCCAGGGCCCUGCUGCUAUAUCCCACAGCCAGCCCUUCCUCCGGCUUCAGGUGACGGAUGUCCUUUGCCAGCCCCUCAGUUCAGCAAGUGUGCUGGUGGAGUCAGCCAGUACUAGUUCAUCAAAAUCUGCCAUCCUAAGCCAGGCACCAUUCACCCUCAGAGAUGAGGUUUUUGAGCUGAAUUUCAUGGCCAGCCAACCAGCGAGUGGCUACUAUCAGUUCUCUGUUGCCAUUGCUGGUGACAGCCGAUUUGUUGCCAACCAUGUUGAGCUCAAGGUAAAGGUCUCUACCCGAGUUGCCAUCAACAACAUGGAUUUGUCUGUCGUGGACAAGGACCAGAGCAUUGGCCCCAAAACUACCAGAGUAGAAUAUCCAACUAAAGCCAAAGCAUCUUUUAUGGCAGACAGCCAUCAAAACUUUGCCAUGACGUUCCAGUUAGUUGAUGAGACCACAGGAGUGGAGCUCACCCCCCACCAGACCUUUGUGAGGUUACACAACCAGAAGACAGGUCAGGAGGUCGUGUUUGUGGCUGAACCCGACAGUAAGAAUUUGUAUAAGUUUGAGCUGGACACAACUGAGAGAAAGACAGAGUUUGACUCCAUCUCUGGCACCUAUGCUCUUUACUUGAUGAUGGGAGACGCUACGCUGGAGAACCCCAUUUUGUGGAACGUGGCUGACGUUGUGCUGAAGUUCUUAGAUGAAGAGGCACCUUCAACAAUUCAGGCUAAAACUUUGUACACACCCAAACCAGAAAUCCAGGUAAGCGCAGUGGUACGCAGGGACAACAGG